AUGACUAACUACCUCCCCGUUCCCAACUCUACAAAGUCGUUUUGGCUAACAGCUGAAGUGGACUUUCAUGACCAUAGAUCAACUCCAGAUCUUCCAGCCGAAACAGACAUUGUGAUUGUUGGUUCUGGUUAUGCUGGUACCACGACGGCACACUUCUUGAUGGAGCAAGGAUUCAUUGGCACGAUUGUUAUGUUGGAAGCACGCGAUGUAUGUAGCGGAGCCACUGCCCGUAAUGGUGGACAUCUGAAGCCCAGCCUCUACUACUCGCAUAAGUCCUGGACUAAAAAGUUUGGAGAGAAAGGUGCGGCAGAGAUCGCCAACUUUGAGUUUGCUCACUUGGCUGCAAUGAAAGAGCUCAUUGAGAGCGAGAACAUUGACUGUGAUUUCGUUGCUGGCCGGUCAUGUGACGUUCAUUUGACUCCUUCUGCUGUUAAUGCUGCUCUGGAGAAUUACCGGGAGUUUACAAAAAAUCCUUACGUUACGUGCAAACACGAUGUUCAAUUACACGUUGGAGAAAAUGCUAAAACUAUCAGUCAUGUGUUAGACUCUGAGGUUUGUGUCACAUUCACCGCGGGCCAGCUUUGGCCGUAUAAGCUUGUGACUUCACUGCUCAGAAAAUGUAUGCAAAAAGGGCUUAAUUUGCAGACAAACACACCUGUUCUAGGAACUGAGAAGUUCGGGGAUAAAUGGCUAGUGAAAACUGCCCGAGGAACCAUUUUGGCUCGGAAACUGGUAAUCGCUACUAAUGCGUACACCGCCUCAGUGGAACCAAAAUUUGUGAACAAGAUCGUUCCUAUCAAAGGCAUCUGCAGCCAUAUCACUCCAAAGGUCCGUCCCUCCCAUCUGUCACAUACAUAUGGUAUCAGAUACGAUGGCGCAGAUCAAGACUACUUGAUAAAUCGUGCGGAUGGGACUGUUAUUGUCGGUGGUGCUAAAAAGCAUAUUUUCCCUUUCAAGAACGUUUUCUAUAAUGUUGUCGAUGAUAGCACUCUGAUCCCCGGAACUAAGGAGUAUUUUGAUGACUAUAUGAAGCUCUUCCACGAUUGGAAGUUAACUGAAACGGAGACCGAUCACAUCUGGAGCGGGAUUCUUGGCUACACUGACGACUCUUUCCCGUAUGUUGGUGAAAUGCCUCACGAAUCCAACAAAUUCAUUAUUGCGGGGUUCCAUGGUCACGGUAUGCCGCGGGUCUUGCUGUCAGCUAAAGCUUUAGCCAGUAAUAUCAUGGGAAAGGAAUUGGAAGUCCCUUCGGCUUUCAAGAUCUCCGAAGAGAGAAUGACUAAGACCAGAAACGAGAUUUUGGCCUCCCUGAGCACUCCGGUUGCCAAACUCUAA